CUGGUUUCCAUGGCAACUGGGGGGGGGGUGCCUGUACCAGUGUCUUUGCUUAAAGGGUUGGAGUUGAGGUCAGCUCCGAGAGCUGGAGAGAAAGAGAGAGAGAGAGAGAGAGAAGCUGCUGCAAAGGACUACAGCAUCUUGGGGGCCCCCAGAUCCAGGAAGCCUCGCUGGAUUGCAGACGACUGACUGGGGGCCUCUGUCUACAGGCCACGAUUGAACCAAGUACAUGCUGCACUCUGUGGACAGUUGUCACACACACACACACACACACACACCCCAGUGCCUGGGCGGCACGUGCCCGUGGAACCGCCCGGAGGGGAGCAGCAGCCCUCUGGAUGAGAGAAGAAACCGCAGCGAAGGUGGGCGCCCGGACUCAGAGGGAGCGGGCGCGGGGCCGUUUUUGAGAGCGGGGGCUCCAUGAGCAAGGGGGACAUCAAGGCACGAUGGAAGGAGAAAUGGACUGAAGCUUCAGGGAGAAGCGGCUUGAGAGCGCCCGGCCGCAGACAUGGAAGGAAGCCUGCGAACCGCCAGCGAGAGGCCAACGGCGGGCCCCUCCGCCUCCCACGGCCGCAGCAACCUGUGCUGCGCUGCUUCUUCUUCUUCUUCUUCAGCGGAGGAAGCGCCGAGCCAUGGUAGGAGCCGCCCCUCCUCAGCAAGAGGCUUCCUCGGGGGCAAGUUCCCCGGUUUGCUGAGGAGGAAGCGGGGCUCCCCGGUGCCCCCGGGCCAGGCCGCCUGCAGGAGUCGCCUGUGCGUGGAAGCCACCCACGAAAGCCCCAUCCAGGCGGUCAGGAAGCCAGCCGCGGGAGGGGAGGCCCUGGGCUGGGACCCGGACGAGGACUCCUUGGGAGGGAGGUCGGGCCCCUCCCUGCUCAGGAAGCUGCUCUGCCUGAGGGCCACCUCCUCUCAGCUGCACAAGCCACCCGCUGGCCAGCGGCCGUGGCCACUUCAUCGGGCCUGCGCGCGAUGCGGGCCUGUGGCUGCCCUCGGCAGGACUGCAGACCCCCAAGGGGAGUCUCCGCUGAGGUGGAAGCCGGCGGAGGCCAGGCCAGUGGCUGAGCCGCAGAGGAGGGCUGCAGUGGCCGGGCUGGCUGGAUCGUGCGUGGCCAAGCCGUGGCGGGUGUUCCGCAGCAUGCUGGCCUCCAGAGCCAAGAAAGGAGCCCUCCCCGUGAGGCAGCGCGAGCAGGACCCCCACCCCCCCGGGGCGGCCAGGGAAGGAAACCUCGGCCUGGCGGCAGAACCAGAGAGCUCUCCAGCCUCCGGGGCAAGCGAAGGCUUGGGGGGGCCCCAGAGCUGCACUGCAGCGGUCGAAGACACCCACCCACCGGCUGCAUUUCCGCCCGGCGAGGGUGAGCCCUCCGGGGAGGCGGGAGGCCACCGAAUCCCACCGCAGGGGCUGGAGAGCUGCGGGAGUCCCAGCGAGGAAAGCCGCCACCAGAAAGCGACUCUGGCUCAGGGAGGGCCCCAGACUCAGGUGGGUGAUUUGUGGGGAGGAAGCGCAGAAGAGGACGCCACGGAAGGCAGUGGCGGCGGCGGCGGCGGCUACUGGGGGGAGGUGGGAGAUGGGGAGGAGGAAGACCUGGCCGACCUGGCGGAGAACCCCGGCGGCCAAGGCAUGGUCAUGGCGACGGGGGAUUUGGGCUGGCUGAGCAGCGAGCUGCUGGGAGGCCCAGGGAGGAGGCUGGGCGGGCAGAAGCGGGAGGCCUCCACGGACAGCCAGCCGGAGGCGGCUCCGGGGCUGCCGGGGGAGGAUGCGCUCUGGGCAGAGCGCAGCCCAGAGCGCGCGCACACGCAGGCAGCGGUCCUGGGUCCAGCCACGGCCCAGGCCGACGGAGCCCCUGUGGGGCAACCAAGGGGCGUGGGGACAGCGGCCCCUCCUCCCACCUCCAGGGCCCACACACUGGGAGAUGCGGGAGCCCCAUGUCCGGGCUUCCUCCAGGACGCAGACCCCGCCCGUUGCUUGGAGCCGCCGUGGGCCUUGCCCUUGCCCGCCAGAGGCCCGCCAAGCCCGCCUCACGGGCUGCUCGUUCCCGUGGACCCAGCGGGCGAGAACCGCCUGGGGCAAGGAAGUGCCCCCCCGCGGCCGGCUUCCGCAGGGUCCGAAGAGGAGCAGAAGAAGCAGCUGCUCUACCGGGCCGCUGUGGAAAUUGUGGGGGCUGCCGUUGACGCGGCGGCAGCGCAGGUGGCCAAGAAGGAAGAGCAGGAGCGAGCGCAGAGUUGAGGGCCAGCAGAAGAGACCCCCCCCACUCCUGGGGCUGCAAUGCAAGCGAGGUCCUUUGCAAUUAGGCGGAGGGGCAGGCCCUGGCCCUCCCUCCCUCGACCCCUCGCCAACUUCUUUAUUGCCCCAGUUUGAUGUACCUCUAGCAGCCCCUUUCUUUCCAAAGCUCUUUUUCUCCGAGAGCAGCAGAAGGUUCGCUGAGUUUUCUGUAUUUAAAUAAGGCACCAUUAAACCCACCCUGCUUCAAGGGAAAACUGAA